AUGUUCAGAAACACCGCCUUGAAGGCCACCAACAUGCGUGGUGUGUCUUCCGCCACUGCCCGGAGGUCUUUCUUCCUGGCCUCGAGCGCUCGCAAUGCCUCGAAGAGCUCUGGUUUUAACCUGACUGCCCGCCGACCUCUCGCUGUCGUCGAGCGCGCUUUUGAUGGCGCGCGGCCCUACGCCUCCUCCUCUGUCGGAGUGGAUCCCAACGAUUCUUUCCUCUCUGGCAGCACCGCCAACUACAUUGAUGAGAUGUACCUGGCGUGGAAGCAGGAUGCCUCCAGUGUUCACAUCUCCUGGCAGACCUACUUCAAGAACAUGGAGGAUGGCAACAUGCCUAUCUCCCAGGCCUUCACUCCUCCCCCAACCCUCGUCCCUACACCCACUGGUGGUGUCCCUCAAGAUAUGCCCGGCGCCGGUAUGGCCGCUGGAGCCGAUGUGACAAAUCACUUGAAGGUUCAGCUGCUGUGCCGCGCCUACCAGGCUCGCGGUCACCACAAGGCCAAGAUUGACCCUCUUGGAAUUCGUGGCGAGGCCGAGGCCUUUGGCUACAGCAAGCCCAAGGAGCUUGAGCUUGACCACUACGGCUUCACCGAGCGUGAUCUGGACCAAGAGUUCGCCCUCGGACCCGGUAUUUUGCCCCGUUUCCUCACUGAGGAGCGCAAGAAGAUGACCCUGCGCGAGAUCAUUGCUGCCUGCGAGAAGAUCUACUGUGGUUCCUACGGUGUCGAGUACAUCCACAUUCCUGACCGUAAGCCCUGCGACUGGAUUCGCGACCGCUUCGAGAUCCCCGAGCCCUUCAAGUACUCCGUCGACGACAAGCGUCGCAUCCUUGAUCGUCUCAUCUGGAGUUCCAGCUUCGAGUCUUUCCUGGCCACCAAGUUCCCCAACGACAAGCGUUUCGGUCUUGAGGGUUGUGAGACCCUUGUGCCUGGUAUGAAGGCGCUCAUUGACCGCAGUGUCGACUAUGGUGUCAAGGACAUCGUCAUUGGUAUGCCUCACCGUGGUCGUCUCAACGUCCUCUCCAACGUUGUUCGCAAGCCCAACGAGUCCAUCUUCAGUGAGUUCGCCGGUUCCACUGAGCCGUCUGAGGAGGGCUCCGGUGAUGUCAAGUACCAUCUUGGUAUGAACUUCGAGCGCCCUACUCCCUCUGGUAAGCGUGUCCAGCUGUCUCUGGUCGCCAACCCCUCUCACUUGGAGGCCGAGGACCCUGUUGUCCUGGGUAAGACCCGUGCUAUUCAGCACUACAACAAGGACGAGACCAACUACGACUCUGCCAUGAGUGUCCUGCUUCACGGUGAUGCUGCUUUCGCCGGUCAGGGUGUUGUCUACGAGACGAUGGGCUUCCACUCUCUGCCCGCUUACUCCACCGGCGGUACCAUCCAUAUCGUUGUCAACAACCAGAUUGGUUUCACCACCGACCCCCGUUUCUCCCGCUCUACCCCCUACUGCUCGGACAUUGCCAAGUCCAUUGAUGCUCCCGUCUUUCACGUGAACGCCGACGAUGUUGAGGCUGUCAACUACGUCUGCCAGGUUGCCGCUGACUGGCGUGCCGAGUUCAAGACCGACGUCGUCAUCGAUAUGGUCUGCUACCGUAAGCAGGGUCACAACGAGACUGAUCAGCCCUCGUUCACCCAGCCCUUGAUGUACAAGCGCAUUGCUGCCCAGAAGGCGCAGCUGGACAAGUACGUUGAGAAGCUCAUUGCCGAGGGUACCUUCACCAAGGAGGACAUCGAUGAGCACAAGAAGUGGGUCUGGGGAAUGCUGGGUGACAGCUUCGACCGCAGCAAGGACUACCAGCCCACCGGUAAGGAGUGGCUGACUUCCGCCUGGAACAACUUCAAGACCCCCAAGGAGUUGGCCACCGAGGUCCUGCCUCACUUGCCCACUGCCGUGGAUUCCAACUCUCUGAAGCACAUUGCCGGAAAGGUCGGUGGUGCUCCCGAUGGCUUCACCCUCCACCGCAACCUCAAGCGUAUCUUGACCAACCGCAAGAAGACCGUUGAGGAGGGCCAGAACAUUGACUGGGCUACUGCUGAGGCUCUUGCGUUCGGUUCGCUCGUCGAUGAGGGUUACCACGUCCGUAUCUCCGGACAGGAUGUCGAGCGUGGUACCUUCUCCCAGCGUCACGCUGUUGUCCACGACCAGGAAAACGAGACCACUUACACCCCCCCUUCAGCACAUCAGCGAAAAUCAGGGCAGCUUCGUCAUCUCCAACUCCUCUCUGAGCGAGUUCGGCGCGCCCUUGUCAUGUGGGAGGCCCAGUUCGGUGACUUCGCCAACAAUGCUCAGUGUAUCAUUGAUCAGUUCAUCGCCGCUGGUGAGUCCAAGUGGCUGCAGCGUUCCGGUCUGGUUGUCUCCCUGCCCCACGGUUAUGAUGGCCAGGGCCCCGAGCACUCCUCCGGCCGUAUGGAGCGUUGGUUGCAGCUUUGCAACGAGGAGCCUCGCCAGUACCCCGUUGCCGACAGACUGGACCGCCAACACCAGGACUGCAACAUGCAGAUCGUCUACAUGACUGAGCCCUCCAACUUGUUCCACGUUCUCCGUCGCCAGAUCCACCGCCAGUUCCGCAAGCCCCUCAUUAUCUUCUUCUCCAAGUCUCUGCUGCGCCACCCCAUCGCCCGCUCUGACCUGGAGAGCAUGACUGGUGACUCUCACUUCCAGUGCAUCAUCCCCGACCCCGAGCACGGUGCCUCUAUCGAGGCUCCCGAGAAGAUCGAGCGUGUCAUUCUGUGCUCUGGUCAGGUCUACGCCGCUCUUACCAAGCACCGUGAGGCCCAGGGUAUCCGCAACACUGCCAUCACCCGUGUUGAGCAGCUGCACCCCUUCCCCUGGGCUCAGCUGAAGGAGAACCUUGACAGCUACCCCAACGCCAAGGACAUCGUCUGGUGCCAGGAGGAGCCUCUGAAUGCCGGCGCCUGGUCUUACGCCCAGCCCCGUCUUGAGACCCUACUGAACUCGACCGAGCACCACAACCGCCGUCACGUUCUGUACGCUGGUCGUGCCCCUAGCGCCUCCGUGGCCACUGGUCUCAAGGCCGUCCACUUGAAGGAGGAGCAGGAGUUCCUCGAGGACGCUUUCUCCGUUCACCAGGAGCGCCUCAAGGGCGAGUAA